GUCAGCAAGCUCCUCGCGCUUGCGCCGUUGAUCCAUUCCAGAACCCUCCAACGCAGCGAUUCCCUUUAAAACUCGAUGGAAGACGGGCUCUUAUUGGUGCUGGAGUUUUAACAACAACAGAAACCGGGCAUGGCUUUGCUGAUGCGGCUCGUCUGCGGGCGUCGGACGCUCGUGAACGCGCGGUGGCCCAGUCGCGAGAGUUGGGAACGACAGCAACAACUCAGGGGGAACAACCACUGAAGCUGUGCCUUUCAUUCGCCACCUCUGACCCCCCACGUGUCCCAUCACCACCAUCACCGUCACGCUGACGGUCCUGUUGCUUCUCGCGCGUGAGCCCCCCCCCCCCCCAGCUGGAGGUUACACAGGGACGAUGUGCGUCAUUGUCCUUUCAGUUGACAUUAAAAGCCGGGCUGCGCUUUUGUCCGGGGACGGUGACGCGAGCGCCCCAUUGUUCGCCGCGCACGCGCCUCCCUUUUUUUUUUUUUUAUCAGCUCGCGCCUGUUCACCGCCUCGGCGUCCCGUCCUCUCCCCGGUCGCGUGCGUCUGCGUAAGAGAGCACCUGGGUAUUGUCGCGCGUCUCGUUCCUACCCCUCGCGUCCACGCGCGUGUUUUUAGGAGCACGCGUCCGUCCGUUCCACGGUCUUUCGGAUCUUCCUCCUCAGUCUGUCCUUGUGGGAAACAAAAGCUUUCUGCUGACACACGCGGGCAGCCUGAUGAAUGUGUCCCCUCCAUCCUCCUGUCUCUGCCCUGUCAUUUCCUGCCUCCUCACCCCUGUCCCCCCCCUUUGCUUGAUCUCCCCCCUCCAGCCCCGCAGGGGUUCGUUACGUAACUAAAAGGACAUCUGAGUUCUACCUUCGCCGACGGGCAAUUAGCCCGUGAUUAUAGAACCGCAUGCUGAUUGCGCGUCCCUCUGCUGUGUGUUGUUUUCCUCCCUCGCCUCCUCCCCCCUUCUCCCAUUCUCCCCCUCGCCACCAAGUGACAUCUUUUGCUGUCCCAGAAAACUCCUGUCGGUUCGUGGAUAAGACUGGGGACGUGUUUCUGAUUCCUUUUACGCGGCCCAGUAACAGAGGAACGGCCCAUCGUCCUUGUACGAGACAGAUGUCUUUCAAAUGAAGAGCGACCCUUUUAGUGUGACUGUGUCUCUGGGUGUGUUUUGGUCGCUUCAGGCAAGUACCGACACUGGAUCCAGAUUCGGCUGCUGGUGCUGCUGCUCCCAUUAGCCUCUAACCUGUUCGCCGUUUGUGAGUGGUCCCGCUGACCCCCGGCUGUGAAACCUGCAGGGAGGGAGUCCAAGACGCUGCUUGUCUGUGUUUAAGCCGUGAUCGCCUCCGCCGUCCUAAUUAAAACGUCCCGGGGUCCUCGGAGGGGUUCGGGUGCGCGCGGCGACACGCUCGUUAGCGGAAAUGAGCGCGCAAAGCCAGACGAGUCACCGAGCAGAGACGGAGGCGCUUUGACGACGGGGUGCGAGGGAGCGGACGAGCCCGGUGAAUGUAGUCCCCAGCGCCGACCCGCGCAUCAGCGUCGCAUCCGUCGGACACCCCCCCCCCUCCUCCUCCCUCUGAUAUCUCGAUCCUCAUUCCCCCUUUUCCUCGUUUUGUUCCCUUUUUAAUACUUACCCGUUUGGCUGAAUGUAAUAAUUUCAAUAUCGCCACGUUGGAUUUGAAAAACGAAUCUGUUGAAUUGUUUUCUGCAUCUGAUAUGAUUUUCAGUUAAUAAACUAAUGUUACUGUUCUUUGCAAAAAAAAAAAAUACACGUGUAGUGUGAUUUCUUUGUUUUAAUUGCGAGAACAGGAAGUAACGACGGGUGGGAGGAGAGACCUUCAUUAAUCUGACGCAGUUCCGUGUUUUAUGGCUGCGACUUGAUAAUGACCUAAUACACGCACCAUAAAGCCUGCUGCAAUCAGACCCCUGACAUGAUGACAUAAUCAUUAUUUGGUUAUUACCAGGCCGGAGGGCGGCAGCUGGAGAGUCUGCGUCUGACACACUCAUUUCUAUCACCUGUGCCUGCGACAUUCAGGAGGAGGGGCGAAGCAGCUGCACAUCUGUACGACAGUUACGACCUGGAUGAAUGGCCAAUUUAGACCAAUAUAAAACAACUCCGUCACAGGUGAACAGAAGCCCUUCACCUCGCACGUCUCUUCUGCGCACGCGCGCUUCCUGGCACGGCGGUGGAAUCAGGGUGGAACCGCAUCUGAUCGUCCCAGUUAAGACAACCAUGAAGAGAUCGGCGCUCGCCGAUGAGAGGGGAGAAAUCCGAUUUGAGGGCUUUGCCCUGAACGGGUGUCGCACAGGCUGUGAACUAAACAGUGAGGCGCCUCGUCUGUUUUUCCCUUGCUCAUGUCCUGAUGAACACGAGGUCAGCGGAGGUUCUGUGUUCUGGGACCACGCUGUGCCGCCCAGAGACCCGACCCAUUCCCAGCGGACUCCUGGGCUCUGAACACACGAACCCAACCACUGCUGACCCUCGAGAACCUGUGGCGACAGCGGAGUCUCUGCUUUCGCAAACUUCAUCUUUUUUCCAUCAUCAUCCGCUUUUACAGGUCAAACUAACGCCGUGAAGGUGCUACACACACACACACACACACACACACACACACACACUGGCAGCACAAACAGGCCUGUCGCUAACCGGACCUUUAGCUCGCUAGCGCGUCCCCGCUGGAGCUGACACCACUCGGAACCAGUGCAGGCCUGGAUGUGGGUCACCACGUGGAGCCUCCUGUCAGUCCCUCCUGUGUCUAUUCGUCGUUGCAUUAGCAGCUGAGCAGAACCGAGCCGGCCCGUUCCCCCUGUGGCCUCUCACGGCGCCUGUGUCGUGCUGAGGGUCAUUUCCACGGCCUCCACCGCUAUUUCUGACCCCGCGCCAAAGCACCCCCCUCCUCCCCCUCAUUCUUAUCUCCCUCUGACCGUGUGAGUCAGCGGGUGAAGAGGUUUUCGCCUGUUAUCAGUCCGUCCGUUACAUUCUCGGUGGCAGCCGUUGGCCGCGCUGCUAUAAAUGGCCCAGUGAAAAAAGCCCUGCUGCUCCACUGACCCACUGCUCCGGCGCUAUAUAAACCCCACAGGACGGACCUGUGCACCGUUACAGCUGUGAGGAGCCUGCGUGCACCGCGCGUCUGCUUGAAGCUUCCAGGUUUGGCUUCACACCCGGACUUUCCUCCGCUAUGGCAUCUGUGACCUCCUCCAGCCGCAGAUCCUCCUCCUCCUGGUCCUCGUCGCGCUACAGCACCUCCAGCUCCUACCGGUCCGAGGGCUCGCUGGGCGGCCCGUCCGAUCCUCUGGACCCCCUCUUUGAGCCGUUCCUGGACUCGGCAGAUCAUUCGGGUCUGUUUGGAGACGGGGGUCCAGGGGCCCCCGGCUGUUUGGCCCCGUUCAGGAGACCCUCGUACGGGCAGAGCGGCGCUGUGCCGGGUUGGCAGAGCAGUGUGGAGGGAGGGGUCCGUCUCGUGGGCGACUGCUACGUCACGUCUGCCGACGUCAGCCGGUUCGAGCCGCAUGACGUCGCGGUGGCGGCGUACAAACGCCACGUGGUCAUUCACGCCCAGAAGGUGCUGGAUGACGGAAGCGUCAGCGACACGUUCACGCACAGGUCUCUGUUCCCAGAGGACAUGGACCCGCUGUCGGUCAGCGGGACCCUCGGUUCCGACGGCACCCUGGUGGUGAGCGUUCGCAGGGUCACAGCGGUGGGAGGAGAGGAUGCUCUGCUUGUCCCCACAUUCCACAGUGAAGCUCACCUCUCACCACAGGCCUCAUGACUCUGAUUAUUAUUGCAUUAUUGUGAAAUUAAAACUCCUCAUCAGAUGAUUAGCAUUAAAGCUUCAUGUCCUCUUUCUAUUUAUCCAACAUAACGAUAUGUCACGAGGAUGAAACCUGUGUAACAUUUUAUUUUAUUCACUGUCCUGGAAAAAAAACAAAAAACAAAUGUAAGAUACAAAUAAAAACUUACUUUAGGAGGUUUAUCUUCCUCUUAAGGUCUCGUUGCUGCCUGAAGCUCUCAGAGGGACUUAACGAAUGAACUCGUUUAGCUCAUUCACCAAUCGUAGUCCAGAUGUUCACCUCUCGCCAUCAGUAGCUACACUUGAUCUCUGAUCAAGAAACUCUUAAAGUUUGUACAGAUUUCAACCAACAGUUUAAUCAGAUGUGCAAGAUGCCUUUU